CCUUUAAUAAAGCAGGAAGUAUUCAGUGCAAUAGCUAUUCCUUUCUUCUCUGAUUCUGUUUUACUCAGUCAGAUUUCGUCUCCCAUCUCUCGCCGUCUACCUUCCUUCAUCGUUGACACUCGCCAUUUACCUGCCGGCUCACCUCCGCUCGCGCUGUACUUUUCACCUGUCAUCCUUCGCGACACAAUUAAGGAAAGCGUGGGAUUCAACCAUACCUCAUAAUGGUUGUUCUAUCUGAACUUUCUGAAGGAUCUUCAUCUUCUUCAUCAACUCAUAAAUGUCAUACAUAUGACGUAUUUUUAAAUUUCAGAGGUGAUGACACUCGUCAUGGUUUCACUAAUCACCUUUAUAAUGCCCUCAUUCAUUCCAAUAUCACUACUUUCUUGGAUGAUGAAGAGAUUGAAACCGGGGAAGAUCUGAAACCAGAAUUGGAGAGUGCCAUUAAAGCAUCUAGGGCUUCUAUUAUCGUGUUGUCAAAAAAUUAUGCUACUUCCACAUGGUGUCUUGAUGAACUGGUGUUGAUCCUUGAGCAACAUAAGGCAUGCAACCAUAUUGUUAUACCAAUCUUUUAUCAUGUUGAGCCCGCCCAUGUCAGGAAGGAAAAAAGUAGCUUUGGAGAUGCAAUGGCUAAACAUAGACAGAUGAUAGAGGCAGAGACAGAUGCAAAUAAUAGAAGUAAAUUGGCUCAAAAGAUUGAAAAAUGGAAUAAAGCGCUUAUAGAAGUUGCUGAUUUAAAAGGGAAUGAUGUUAAGGACAGGCUAGAGGUGGAGUUUAUUGAUGAAAUUGUCAAGGACAUCUUCCGUAGAUUACACAUAUCUUCAAGGUUUCCACUACCACAACUUAUUGGGAUGGAAGAUUCCAUUAAAUUCGUCAAUUCAUGGUUGAAAGAUGCAUCAUCACAUACAACAGAUAUACUCACUAUUUUGGGUAUGGGUGGGAUCGGAAAGACAUCUUUAACCAAAUAUGUCUAUGCAUUACAUUCUCAUGAAUUUGACUCAUGCAGCUUCAUUGAAGAUAUCGGUAGGAAAUUUGAUGAAAAAUCAAAUGGGAUGCUUGGUGUACAAGGACAACUCUAUAAUGACAUUUCAAAACCAAAUUCAGUUCAAGUUCUUGAUGGUUCUAUAUACACCUCAAUGAUAGAGAAUGCAUUAGCCCGUAAAAAGGUGUUUCUAGUUCUUGAUGAUAUUGGUAGUGUGGAUCAGUUAGAUGUGUUACUUGGAAGUAAAGGUCUUCAUCCGGGAUCCAAAAUCAUAAUAACAACAAGGGACACAUGGUUGACUAAGAGUUGCGCACUAUUCAAAAAGAAUGUUAAACCCAAGCAUGCAACGUACACGCUUAAGGGCUUAUUUAAGACCGAAUCACAAAAGCUUUUGUGUUUUCAUGCAUUCAUGUGCAACGAUCCCAAGGCAGGUUAUGAAGAGGUGUCAAGAAAGCUAGUGAAUUAUUGUGAAGGACAUCCAAUGGCGCUUAAAAUUUUAGGAAGGUCUUUACAUGAUCGAGAUAUAACUUAUUGGGAGGGAUACAUAGACCGACUAAAGAAAGAAAAUGAUUCCCCUAUAAAUACGGUCUUGAGAAUGAGUUUUGACUCUUUGCCAUCAGAUAAUGACAAGGAGUUAUUUAAGCAUAUUGCCUGUAUUUUUGUUGGAAUGGAUAUAGACUUUAGUGUAACAAUAUUAGAGGCAUGUGAUAUAGAGACAAGAUCAGGGAUCACGAAUCUUAUUGACAGAGGUCUUCUUAGUAACAAAUGGAAUAAAGAAUUAACGAUGCAUCAAUUGGUUCAAGAGAUGGGAAGAUUUGUGGUACGUGAAGAAUCACUUUACAAGCCAUGGGAACGAAGUCGAAUAUGGGGUCAUGAGUCAUUCAAAGUGUUGAAAGACGAAAAAGGUACAGAAAAUGUUCUAGGCCUCACUCUUGACAUGAGGAUGCUUGAGAAAGAGCAAUUACAUGGAUCAAUCGAGUUGAAAAUAGAUGCAUUGAGUAAGAUGGAUAGGUUGAUGCUUCUUCAACUUAAUUAUGUGCAAAUAACCGGCUCUUGCAAGGAUUUUCCAAAAAAACUAAUAUGGUUGUCUAUGCAUGGGUUCCCUUUGAAGUAUGUACCUUUAAACUUACCUUUGGAGAAUGUAGUUGCUCUUGACUUGUCAUAUAGCAAGAUUGAAUCAUUUGGGAUUUCUUGUAGCUAUCCACAACGACUUCUUAAGAGGCUAAAGGUAACUUACCUCCAUUUAUUACUCUUCUAGGUCGAUUUGAUAAAGUUCACUACUUUUCUAACGUAUCUCAGUUUCAGCAAUUAACUGGAUCAUGCUCAAAAGCUAAAAAGUUGCUUGGAUCGUUGAAGAUUCUUAAUUUAAGUUUCUGUGAACAACUUAGUAUUCUUGGUGGCUUUGACCACCUCCCUAAACUCGAGAGGUUGAUACUUAAAGGUUGCAUUGGUUUGCUUGAGGUUUGUGAAUCAAUUGAGCAGUGUUUUGAACUUGUACACAUCGAUCUAAGCUACUGCGACAAGCUUGAAAAACUUCCAAGAAGCUUAGGCAAACUAAAGAAAGUUAAAACACUACUUCUAAAUGGUUGUUAUCUCAGUGAAUCUCGAAUAAAUGUUAGGGAUAAGAAAUCAUCAGAAAUAGUCAAGGCUAACAAUAUUCACAUAAACACAACAACCUGUUCCUCCACUGUUAUCCAUGCUAUGCCAAGUUAUUCAAAGUUCUCUGUGAUUUCUUUACCGAGAUUUUUAGUAAGCUUGUCACUUAAGAAUAAUAAUUUGUCCACUGAAUCUUUUCCUUUGGACAUGAGUUGCCUAACCAUGUUAAAGGAAUUAUAUCUAGAUGAAAAUCCUAUUGUUUCCCUGCCCAGUUGUGUGAGAACCCUUCCUAGACUUGAGACACUUAGUAUGAGAGAUUGUAAUAUGCUGACAUCAGUCGAGCAUCCUCCACAUACAUUAACAGUUAUGAACCUCUAUUCUAAACCUAAUAAGCAUUUGCUACGAAAAGUUAUAUUUGAUCCACAAAUGUCCCCACUCAAGCUCUCAGUAGGAUGGAGGAUGAUGGCGCCUUCAUCGUCUGAAUUUGAAGGUAUGCUGAAAAUCCAACCAAUGUCAGGUGUUGAGGAAAAGUUAUUACAUUGUCUAGGCUGGACUAAAGUAGAUUUCCUUAACAGAAGACUCGUCGUUACUUCUACUGGUAAUGCAACAUUAAAGGAAUCUGAAAUCCAGAUGUAUUAUGAAUUUGGAAUAUUCAGCACAAUUUAUGAAGGCGAAGAGAUGCCGGAUUGGAUUAUGGAUAAAAGCAUGGAGCCAUCAAUAUCAUUUACAGUCCCAUCAUCUCCUAACAACCUCAUCGGAUUAAAUUUUUGUUGUUUGCUGACAUCUCCAUUUCCUUAUUAUAAGUUCUUUUAUUUGCCUCUGAUCAAAAUUAGUAAUAUAACAAAGAACCUCACCUGGAUAUACGACCAUUACAUUGAAAAAGUCAAUAUAGGCGGGAAGUUUUUGACAUUAAGCCAUUGGAUGUUUGGGAUGAAUGAGAUGGUAUGUGGUGACCAUGUUAAUAUUACUAUCCUGAGGGAGAGACCAGAUGAUUUUGCUUAUACAAAGGAAUGUGGGGUGAGUUUUGUGUAUGAUGAUGGAGAAGAAAAAGAAGAAGAUUUGUUGGGUUAUUACAAGUCAUGGAAUCAUAUUAUUGGUGGAGAUCUCAUUGGAUUUCAAUCAACCACCGGAGAAUACAUCCUAAGCAAAUGGCGAAUUUUGUUGCCUAACCUUGAAAUGGAUCAACUAAGUUACGGUUAUCUAUGUGAAGAAGGCGCCAAUUUCAAAGGAGGAUGGCCCCUAAUUUAGGUACUUUUUAUCCCUAAAACUCUUUUCUUAUCGCAUAAAUAAAAAAUGCACACAAACCAGCUGGAAGUGAAGGCUAAACUUUGUCACCCAACAGAUUUGCACUUGUGGCUCACCCGGCAGCUUUGCGAGCUUAAGUAGCCUUCUUUCUGGUUCUUGUUUAUGUUUCUUAUUUUAUUUAGACAUAUUUAUCUCCUUCACCAAAAAACCAAAUGUUUGUACAACAGAAUUUUGAUCAUAUAAGUCAUACUUUUGUGUUAAUAAAUAGAUCUUAGUUCAA